CGGCGCCGCGGUGCUUUGUGGGUCGGUGCUUCCCUUCGGUCUUUCGGAAUCGGCGGCGAGAAGAUGGCGGACGGGGAUGGCUCUAAAAAACAAAAAAAACACAAGAAGAAAACUGACGAGGGUGUUGGGGACAUACAGCAGACAACAGAUUUUCUAAUCAAACCAGAAUCAAAAACUGUGAAGUUGGAUACGUCUCAGUGGCCACUGUUGCUGAAGAAUUUCGAUAAACUCAAUGUGCGGACAGCACAUUACACACCUGUGCCAAAUGGUUGCUCUCCUCUUAAGAGGGAAAUUGCAGACUAUGUUAGGACUGGUUUUAUUAACCUGGACAAACCAGCAAACCCGUCCUCGCAUGAAGUUGUGGCAUGGAUCCGUAGAAUCCUUCGCGUGGAAAAGACUGGUCACAGUGGAACGUUGGACCCUAAAGUAACUGGAUGUCUGAUUGUGUGCGUAGAAAGAGCAACAAGAUUAGUAAAAUCCCAACAGAGUGCUGGCAAAGAGUAUGUGGGAGUUGUUCGGCUGCACAAUGCUAUUGAAAGUGAACUUCAGCUUAGCAGGGCCAUGGAUCAGCUCACUGGCGCCUUGUUCCAGCGACCCCCUCUGAUUGCAGCUGUAAAGAGGCAGUUGCGUGUUCGGACAAUUUAUGAGAGCAAACUACUUGAAUAUGAUCCAGAAAGACGGUUAGGUAUCUUUUGGGUGAGCUGCGAAGCAGGAACUUACAUCCGAACACUCUGUGUACAUUUUGGCCUGCUGCUUGGGGUUGGAGGUCAGAUGCAGGAGCUGAGACGAGUGCGAUCUGGUGUACUUUGUGAAAGGGAUAACUUGGUGACCAUGCACGACGUUUUGGAUGCACAGUGGCAAUACGACAACAACAAGGAUGAGACUUAUCUGCGCCGUGUCAUUUAUCCCCUUGAGAAGUUGAUGAUCCACAAACGGAUCGUCAUGAAGGACAGCGCAGUGAACGCCAUUUGCUAUGGGGCUAAGAUCAUGCUUCCUGGACUCCUUCGGUAUGAAGAUGGCAUUGAGGUGAAUCAGGAGAUAGUUGUCAUCACCACAAAAGGAGAGGCGAUUUGCUUAGGUAUUGCACUAAUGACUACAGCAGUGAUAUCAACGUGUGACCAUGGUAUUGUAGCAAAGAUCAAGCGAGUCAUUAUGGAGCGAGACACAUACCCUCGUAAAUGGGGGCUGGGGCCAAAGGCAAGUCAAAAGAAGUUGAUGAUUAAGCAGGGUCUACUGGAUAAGCAUGGCAAACCGAAUGGAAGCACACCUGUAGCAUGGCAGAAGGACUACGUGGAUUACAGUGGUGGAAGUAAGACUGCACAGACAGCAGAGCAAGUUAAGAGAAAAAGGGCGAGUGAAAGUGACAGUGAGCCAGAAGUGCCAACUACCCCAGUAACUCCCAAAUCAGUAUCAGAAGUCAGCAAGAAAGAGAAAAAGAAGGAAAAGAAGCAGAAGUUACUAGAGGAUGCAGAAGAGCUUUCUGCAAUGCAAGGGAGUGAAAGGGGUGAGUUAGUGUCUACUCCGGCAACCCCGGAAUUGGAUCCAGAAUCGAGCAAGAAGAAGAAGAAAAAGAAAGAAAAAUCACUAGAGAGUGCAGGAGAGGCAGAAGCUGGGGAGACCCCAAGCUCCAAGAAGAAGAAAAAGAGAAAGGAUAAAUCGGAGUAGUCUAUUUAUAACCAAAUGUAGGCCAGGCAACAAAGGAACACUACCAUCCAGUGAGGAACGAAAACGGAGGAAAGUUCACCACCGUAAAGAGCCAGACCAGCUUAAAGAGACGGUGAAUUUGUGCUGUACUUGAAAGAAUGACCGUUACAUUUGCUGGCAUGUGCAGCAUCUUGCACCUGUAUUCCAUUCACAGGGUAACAGUAAGGGUAGCAGUGAGAGGGGGAUGUUUCUCUGGUUGUAUUAACAUCCUGGAAGCAGUGGAUCAUCGCUCAAUGUGUUGAGAGGUGGGGAGAUGGGAGAACUUGUAUUUGGCAUAUCUGCGUAAAGGGUAUCUGCGUAAAGCAGCUUCGGUACUUCAUUGAACAAGGAGGAAUACUGUGCUCAAUAUUGCUAGUUUGAUGUCUUGGGAAUCAAAUUAAUAUCACUGCCUAUUAUAUCAAUCCAGAUGUUGGUUGAAGUAGAGCAGGACUGAGGUCUACGCUGUUAACUACUGUUGAUCAUCAAAGUGAAUGCAAUGAUUCUGAGGCUAAAUUCAGGUGUGGCUCGGCACCCAAAUAGCAGCAUGUGGAGAUCACCAAACUCCCAAUACUCCGUUUACCAUUCUAAAUUUGUGAACGAUGAAAUUGCUGCCACUUGGAUAGACUUUAAAUUGAGCAAGUCUGAAUUCCCUCACCAGCCUCCUUAGCUGUUAGGAAAUCUUCAUUGUGAUUAAAGAGGAUUAAGGCUCUCCUUGAAGAAUAGUUUCAAGAAACGUGACAGUUCUAAUGGCUGUGUAUGAUUCCUUCCACCCUCAAUCAAACCUGUAUGAAUAACCUGAAACGGGAAUAAAUAUCCAUUUCUUCAAGAGGCAGCAUUUUGUAUCCAUCCAUCUGAGUAAAGGUUCAUCCUGACGAAUGUUGGGAUGAGAUUGUAAACUUAAUUCUGGUUUAAGUAUUUUUGUAUUGUAAAUAUAGGUUACCGUUGUGACUGUGUGUACAUUGUAAUAAACCUUGAAUACUGACUUCAGUACACACUGUUCUGGGUGUGCAGUGGAUUUGGAUAAAACAGUUUUUGAGCCAAGAUGUACAUUCAGGUUCAUUGUAGAGGCUUGUGUGUGGUUCUUGUAAUGGACACUUUUUUAUGAAUAAAUCAAUUUUCUAUUAA